CGUGCUGAGCUGACAGCUGCUGGCGUGCUCGGGCGUGGGCGCGGCGCUGGUGGGCGGCGCGUGGCGGGGGCGGCGGCUGGGCGCGGCGCACGUGGCGGGCGCCACGCUCGGCCUCAUGGCCAUCGUGUGCGUGGUGUGGGCAGAUGUAGAGGGAGCACCUACUGAUGGUAAAAACCAACUAGUCGGCGACAUGCUCUGCCUCGCCGGCUCUCUCCUCUUCGCCCUGGUGACUGUUCUCCAAGAGAUGAUGCUCCAAGUCCAAUCCUGCCCCGAAUACUUGGCACUGUUAGGCCUCAUCGGCAGCAUAGUGUCUUGCACACAAACUUUCUUCCUUGAACUCAGUGACCUGAUUACUUUCAACUGGUAUGAGUUGGAAACACUCAUUCAGCUUGGGAGUUACUGCUCUGUGCAGACGAUAUUUCAAAUAUUGCAGAGUUUCAUGUUGAGAGAUGCCGGAGCUAUAAUAUUGCAUCUGUCGUUUUUGUCUUCGGAUUAUUAUACUCUAAUCGCUGGGAUGUACAUCUUUCAGUUUAAGUUCCACGCGCUAUAUUUCCUGUCGUACAUGCUAGCGAUGGUGGGCGUGUUCCUGUUCAGUUCCCGACGGACCGCACCGGGCGAGGCGGUGCAGCUACCACAAGUCGUGCACGACGCCGUGCAGUCGCAGGAUAACGUGUCUAUGGACUACACAGUGCCGAGCCUGGACUGCAUCCCCAUCGAAGCCCUGGAGCCACCCAUGUCGCGCGACACUACCUUCACGUCCUUCCUCGGAGCACCCAACGGACACCCGCAGCCCUACACCAACGGGAAGGACGUUUGCUAA